AUGGAUUUCGAGUCACUGGCCGACAAGUUCGAGGCUCUGCAGGACGAUCUUGCCUAUGCGAAUGAACUCUGUGAGCAGGCUAACAUCCAGUUCGAGAAAUAUCGCACCGAAAUCUAUCACUCCAAACGGAAUAUGGCUCUUUUACAGCAACAACUCGCUCAACAGACUGCCACAUCCAACGUUCUACGUGCGCAGGCGGAGAAACAUCUAAUCGACCUGAGAAGGGAAAGAGUGUUAAACGCUCAGCUUCAAGCGAGAUUGGCGACCGAGAAUAACUCGCUCAAAGCAAUGACGAAGCAGGCAGCUACUGCUGAGGAGCAGCUCGCAGAGGCUAAAUUUGACCUGGAAUACCUCAAAUGCACAACCUAUUUGGGGGAUCCCCAGCUUCCACCUCUGGCCCUCAAUAGCGAGGCCCCGCUUACACCAGAGCCCUUUGUUGUUGUGUUGGUAGAUGGCGAUGCGUAUACGCUAUUUAGCCACAAAGGAGCUGGCCAAACAAAUCCUGGUGGUUUAGCCGCCAUGCAGAUCAAGUUCGAAGUCACCAAGUACAUUCGUGAUCAAAAAGGCACCAUUCCGUUUGCCUCGAAAGUCAUCACCCGAGUCUUUCAGAAUUUCAAAUCCAUCAUCACUAGUGAAAACUCGUCGUUGCGCCAACGCAAAACUGCUCAACAGCAGCGGGACCUGACCACAUUUGCCACGCAGUUCACAGAGAAACUCCCACUCUUUGAUUUUUUCGACGCUGGGAGGGGAAAGGAGAGAGUAGAUGAUAAAAUCCGCGAACACUUUCACCUGUUUCUCUCGCAGCCCAAUUGCUAUGCAGUCUUCCUUGCUGUCUGUUUUGAUAACGGAUUUGCACGUAUGCUUGAGCGAUAUGUGGACCAUCCCUCUAUUCGUGAGAAGAUCAUUCUUGUUUCCUCCGGAUACAAAGCUCUAGAAAUUGGAGAGCUUCCCCUGAACACUGUGAUUUGGCCGGGCGUUUUUGCUACUGCACGACCUUCUAAACAAUUAGCGGCCAUUCUCGAGAGAAAAAUCCGCGAAAGGCGAAAGCAGAGAAGCUUGAGCAAAUUGAGCCUUGAUAGAUCUAGGACAACAACACGGCAACAUAUGAUUUCGACACCAGGACCAGAAACGCUGUCGGAUCUUUUACAGCCAUGGAAUGUCCGUCUUGCACUGGCGGGGUAUUUUGGAAUGGGGACGCUAUGGCUUCAUGACCCGGACGAGACGGAAGAGAACAAUAAGCACCGGCCUUGCAUAACUGUACAAGCUAAUCAAGAACUUGACUGA